UACCUUUCACAAAUUGGCCUGCUAAAUAUCAGUAAUCAUAGCAGCUAGGAUCUGUUCUCAUACUACGAAUACUGAUUCUUGUGUUGUGAUGUCAUCUAUUUGGUUCAUUUUCCGGUUUAAACUUGUUCAUACUUGCGCACACGUCAUCACUACGCGGUGCAAUUUAGCACAAUCUCAAACCGGCCACCUCCUCCCCCAAGUUUUCUAACCUACGCAUCUCUUCCGCCUCUCUUAUCAUCCUUAACCCACCGCUCUUUCUCCUAACCCUAAUUUCUUCUUUGCCACCGGCAUGUCAACCCCCGAUAAUGAAUCCCCCGUCGCCACCGCCAUCGAUCCUUCCACCGCCGUCACCGUCUCGACCACCACUACCAGGAGAGUCCCGCCUCCGUGCUGGACCGACGAGGAGACCGCCGCGCUCGUCAAUGCCUACAAAGACAAGUGGUUCGUUCGCCCUCCGCCGUGGGAACCUCCGUGCGGCUGACUGGGACGACGUGGCCGCGUCGUUGCCUACCUUUGGAGGUCCGGCGAAAACAGCCAUCCAAUGCCGGCACAAGAUCGAGAAGCUCCGGAAACGUUACCGCGGCGAGAAGCAGCGGUGUCUCACCAAACCAGGCAAGUUCUCUUCCUCGGGGGAUCUGUUCCCUGUUUUGGAUGCUAUGGAGUUAGCGUCGGUGACUUCCACGGCCGUUGAACCGAACGAUCAGGAUGUGGAUCGUGAGAACGAGAGUAACGGUGUGGAUGGAUUUAGGGUUAGAUCGAAGAGAUCCUUGGUGAGUACGCCUCGUGACGGGUUUGGGGUUAAGAGUCAGAUGAGAAUGUACGGUGGUUUUAAGCCCGAGUUUGAUUCAGAUCACGAUUCAGGAGGUGGGUUUGGAUCGAAAAGGAGAUACAAUGGACAUCCAAAGUUCAAUGCUGAUUCUGAUGAUGAGAUUUUGUUAGCCCCCAAGGCAACUAGGCUUAGGGGUUCUCAUGGGAAGCUUUCUUCGGGCGAGUUUAGUUUCUUAUUAACGGGAACGUACCAAAUAAGGAUGGUAUAAUUAAUGGGGGAUCAAAUAGCUUUUGAGUGUCCAGUGUGGCUCAAGCACAUCUUCGACAGUGAGAUAAUCCCUCCCUCUACAAAGGGUUACUAUAAGAACUUUUACGAGAUGUUGAGUACUGAUAGUGUGUAGUGCUCUGUUUUUGGCUAGUAUUAGUUGUCGUGGGUUCUGGAUGCAGGUGGUCCAGUCCCUUUAGGCUAAUUCAUUUUGUGUAGUGCUGUUAUGGCUUGUGUCCGAAGUUUGUAAUUCUUGAACCUUCGGUUUCCUUAAUGUUAAUCAACAGAUGACAAAAAAAAAGCUUGAGUGUAGUACAGUAGGACCAAGUGUUCUCUUCAAGUGACCACCUCCAAUAAAGGGGUUCUUAAGAAAAAUACAAAAAAAAAAUUAAAAAAGCAUUAAAGGGGUUCUUCUUUCUAUCUUCUUCUUUCUCUUUUGAAGCUGUUCGUCGUGCGGCUGAUGGAAGCACUUUUGAGAAAUGAUACUGCUCUCACAUCUCUAAAGUCUUAAUUUUUUUUUUGAUUUGUCGAUUUGAGUUUUCUUAUGAUUCAAUCUAGAUUUGUGAUACUCUGUUUUGGGAUUUGAUUCUAGUGAGGAAUAUGGAGUUAUGAUCGCGAUUGCUCUAUUUGAUAUGCACGAGUGCGGAGAGAAACGAAGUGAAGUGAAAAGAUUUAAGUGUGUUUCGAGUGACAAGAUCGAUGAUGAUAUCUCGAAACCAAGCUUUAAAGAUGAACCUAGAUCACCAUUUGUCUUCUUCUUGUACGGUAACCAAAACCUUCCUCUGUUACUUCUCAUUUUUUUCCCUUUAUUUAGAGAGGAUUUUAGGAAUAGUUACGAUGGGAACAUGGUUGAUUUUAGCAAAAACUAGGAGGAGGUCCUUCAGUCUCUGACUACGAGAAGUUUCACGCUGAGAAGUCUGAACUUCAAAUAAAAUACAAUGAUCUUUUGGCUAAAUAGCUGGGCACAUUCACCGAGUAUCGAUUUAUCAAAGAAAAAAAAGUCAAGAAAGGAUAUACCUGAACAAUUCCUCGGCCAACAAUAGUAUCAGGUAUAUGCUUUUAACCAAUGAAACUAUUUGUUACUUUUAUGUCUUUAUCUCUUUUUUGUAAUUCCAUAAAUGUAUAACUCAAUAACAAACAAAUUUGAAAUACAUACCUAUGAUACAAAGGCUUACUACUUCCAUCUAGCUCUCUGUUUCUCCUGUUUCGAUUUUACAGAUCAACCCAGAUUGAUUGCUUGUGUUAAGAGAAGAAGAAGAUGGGGAGAGGAAGGAUUGAGUUAAAGAAGAUCGAGAAUGUGAACAGACUUCAAGUCAGUUUCACCAACAGACGUAAAGUGUUGAUGAAGAAGGCUAACGAUCUUUCGAUUCUCUGCUCGCUCUUAUCGUCUUCUCCAACACCGGCCAGGUUUACCAUUUCUCUAGCCGCAUGUAAUCUAAACACAACGAUUCUUUUCAUUUUGAGAUUUUGGAAAAAGAUCAACUUUCUCGGUU